AUGUCAAAGAGGACGCAUGACCAAGUGGAACAAAUGGAAGCUGGACCUUCGACAUCCGGUAGCAAUGCCAUUACCAAUGGCGUUGUUACAAGUGCAGACGUAAAUGUUGGAUUACUUCAGAUUCCCCAGAAACGAUUUUAUCGACAAAGAGCGCAUGCGAAUGUAUUUGUUGACCAUGAAUUAGAUUACCCUAAAUCACCAGCAGAGAUGGAUUGGUCACUUCACUAUCCUCAAUAUUUCGCAUUACCAGAUACUCAACCGGAAGGGGCUCAAAAUACCAAAAAAGUAGAAUGGGCAGAUGUGGGAUGUGGUUUUGGUGGAUUGUUAAUGGCUUUAGCUCCCAUGUUUCCUGAUACUCUAAUGCUGGGUAUGGAAAUCCGAAUGUCAGUCACGAAAUACGUUACAGAUCGUAUAGCAGCAACUCGUCAAGUUCAAAGUCUGCUACCUUCUGAAUCAACAGAAAAACAACAAGGAGGAUAUCAAAACGUUUCUGUGAUAAGAGCCAAUUCGAUGAAACAUAUGCCUAAUUUCUUUGAGAAAGGUCAACUAUCAAAGAUAUUCUUCCUUUUCCCAGAUCCUCAUUUCAAGAACCGUAAACACAAAGCCAGGAUUAUUACUCCCGGUUUGUUAGCUGAAUACGCAUAUAUACUGCGACCAGGUGGAAUACUGUACACUGUAACUGAUGUGAAAGACUUACACGAAUGGAUGGCAUAUCAUCUCAACAAUCAUCCUUUAUUCAUACCUAUACCCAAUGAAGAAUUAGAAGGUGAUGCGAUAUUAGAAGCGGCUAGAACAUCAACUGAAGAAGGUAAAAAAGUAGAAAGGAAUAAAGGUGAUAAAUGGGUUGCAUGUUUCAGAAGGGCUGAUAAUCCAGAGUAG